AAGCAUUAUCCAAUAUGGCCGCGACGUCCAGCAGUCGUUCCGUCUUCUAGUCGACAUCUGACGUUUGCUCUGCUAGUUAUCUGCAAACAGACCUUUUUAAUGAGCUACGAAUAGGCGCUAAAGCAAUUUAAUUUACGCGGGUGUUUAUUUUUUUGUUGCUGAAAAAAACGGUACUUGUGUCUAAAAUGAGUUACACGACGCGGGUGGUUCAGGUGACCAAUGUGUCGCCGAGCACAACGUCGGAACAGAUGAGGACAUUGUUUGGCUUUCUGGGAACCAUCGAGGAACUGAAGCUAUUUCCGCCUGAUGAUUCCCCUAUGCCGGUGACGUCGCGGGUCUGCUUUGUGAAGUUCCAGGAGCCAGAGUCCGUGGGAGUGUCUCAGCAUCUCACCAAUACGGUGUUUGUGGACAGAGCUUUGAUCGUGGUCCCGUUUGCCGAAGGAUCUAUUCCAGAUGAGGCUAAAGCUUUGUCCCUUUUGGCGCCAGCUAACGCUGUUGCAGGGAUUUUGCCAGGCGGAGGCCUUCUUCCGACACCGAAUCCCCUUCCAAAUCCAGCUCUUGGCGGUAACCCCUUUGCUGCUCACACCAUAGAUCCAAUGGCAGCGUUUGGAUUCACUGGACCUAAUAUGAACCCACAGGCUGCUGAUCAGUUGCUGAAGAUGAUGACCGAUCCAAAACUGAACCCCCUGGCUGCUGGUUUAAACCUGAGUGCAAGCCUCAAGGCUGACGCGUCCAAUAAAGAGAUCGAGGAGGCCAUGAAGCGGGUCAGAGAGGCUCAGUCACUAAUUUCUGCUGCUAUCGAACCUGGACAUAAGGAGAGCAAAAAGAAACAUUCUCGAUCUCGGUCCAGGUCCAGAAGAAGGAGGUCCAGGUCACGUUCUAGACACAGCCGCAGGCGAACCAGGAGCAGAUCAAGGCGCAGGUCCGCCUCGAGGAGCAGGAGGCGCUCCAAAAGCCCCCGCAGGAGACGCACUCACUCCAGAGACAGGAGCAGGCGAUCCAGAACCAGAUCCAGAGACCGAAAGAAGGAAGAAGUGAGGAGGAGAUCAAAAACGCCUCCUAAAAGCUACAGUACAGCCAGAAGGUCCCGCAGCGUGAGCCGCAGGCGCAGGAGAAGUCGCACCAUCAGCCGGUCUCCGCCAAAGAAAUCUCCAAAAAGAAGAGUUACUCCCUCUCCAUCCCCUCGAAGACACAAGAAGGAGAAAAAGAGGGACAAGGACAGAGAACGGGAACGCAGGAGUGAUAAAGAACGUGUCCGCGAGGAACGAGAACGCUCCACCAGCAAGAAAAAGAAAAGUAAAGACAAGGAGCGGGAACGAGAGCGUGAACGGGAGCGUGAAAGAAAAUCUGACGGAGACAAAGGAGAUAUUAAGAUCACCAGAGAUUAUGACGAAGAAGAACAAGGCUACGACAGCGAGAAGGAAAGGGAGGAGCGGAAGGAUUCAGACGACUCGGCCAUGUCUCCUCAGUCUGUGGAGGGCAACGGCUCGGCCCGGCUCGUCAAGCAGGCCAAGGUCAACGGCGCCGAUGAUCACCACGAAGAGGACAUGGACGUCAGCGACUGAACGCCGCUCCGUCCUACAACAUCCGUUUAUUUAGGUUGGAAACAUUCUACGAAAUUUCUGCCCAUUUGGGUUGAACUAAAAUGUGACGUGUUUGGAAAAAAAAGAAAAAAGAUCUGUAUCGUACAGAAGACAAGUCUGUUGUUUUUGCUAAUGUAUAUUGCAGCGUCGUUUGCCCAAUAAUUAUUUCCAAUUACCUUGGUUUGUCGAUAAGUCCACAUUUAUUCUUUGCUACCACACAUGUAAUUAGUUGGAACUGGAAGUAGAUUUGCUUUACUACUAUUGAGCUCGUGUUUUCAAAUUUGUCGCUUUGUGUAUUGUGUUUCUUUCUUGGUGUGUGUUGUGGUGUACGUCUUUCCCUCCCCUUCACAGAACAGUUCUAUCUUGCUUCUGGCCUGCAAGUGUUUUAUCAAUGAUUUCUUUUAUAUAAUAAAGCCUGUUUAAAGA